AUGGCUGCCCCACACCUGCUUAAGAAAUCCUUACCAAUCCUUGCCCGCCUUUCUCCUUCGCUCUCCUACAAAAGCGCCGCCCCCGCCGCAACCUCGCUGCUCUCCAGAACACUUACUCAACCCUCAGCAACUUCUUCCACCUCCCGCGCCUUCACCACCUCCGCCACCAUGUCUGCCAACAAGUCCUUCCUCGACGCCGUCAAGGAGCGCCGCACCUUCUACCAGCUCGACAACACCGCCCCCAUCUCCGACGACCGCAUCCAGGAGAUCGUCAACGACGUCGUCCUGGCCGUCCCCUCGUCCUUCAACAGCCAGAGCACCCGCGUCGUCGUCCUGCUCAAGAAGGAGCACGAGAAGUUCUGGGACAUCGCCAAGGACGUCCUCAAGCCCCAGGUCCCCGCCGACGCCUUCCCCUCCACCGAGGCCAAGCUCAACGGCUUCCGCGCCGCCUACGGCACCAUCCUCUUCUUCGAGGACCCCGCGCCCGUCAAGGACCUCCAGAGCAAGUUCGCCAUCUACGCCCACCACUUUCCCGUCUGGUCCGAGCACACGUCCGCCAUGCACCAGUUCGCCCUGUGGGCCGGCCUCGAGGCCGAGGGCUUCGGCGCCAACCUGCAGCACUACAACCCCGUCGUCGACCGCAAGGUCCAGGACGAGUGGAACAUCCCCCAGGAGUGGCAGCUGCGCGCCCAGCUCGUCUUCGGCGGCCGCGCCAACGCCGAUGCCGGCCCCAAGGACCAGAAGCCGCUGGAGCAGCGCGUCUUCGUUCACGGCAAAUAA